AUGAGAUUGGCAAUUACUUUAGGGAAACAAACUAUUCAAAAUGGACGGGAUAAAGCUACAAAACUUUAUAAUGAUGUGGAAAGAAUUUUCCAAUUCAAAGAAGCUACAGCAGUUUUCAACAGAAUGGAUAAAAAGGCAAAUGAAAAUUUAUUUGAAACAAAAACUAACCUACAUGGAUCAGAAGUUGCAGUACAAAUGAUGGACAUAAAAUUGAGCUCUCUUCAAUCAGAAAUAAUAUCUUCAGUAAGCAGUCAUUCCACAACACUAUUCACUCUGAAAGUUCCUUCAAUGUUAAAAAACAUUAAAUGA